GCAAAAAUGAAACACAUGGCCAUCAGUGCUCCAGCGCACUGUCUGCAAGCAAAGCUCACAGCCUCUCUCCUAAUCUCCUCCCUGUUGCCGUCACAGUUGCUUCGUGCUGACAAAUUGGCAAUUAAGUUUGUCUGUUGAAUUAUCAUGUAGUAGGAGUGUUUUUUUUCGUGCAUGAACUGUUGGUGAAAUCGAUGUGUCGAUGGAGUUUGAAUUGUUUAUUUUAUUUUGUUUUUGGUGUUGCGUGAAUUGUGAUGUCUAUAUAAGCGCGCCUAUUCACAUCGCCCCCUUUUGCGACGCACACCAUUCUUUUUUCUUGAUACUUUUGUACUGGGUGCGUUGUGUUGGUUACACCACCAUGGAGAUGGGACGAUCGGGAAAUGGUGGCGGCAAGGUGGUCACCUUCGACGACUCGGUAGCCGGGAGGCGCCGGAACGGCGGCUCCCUCUCGUCGUACCUCGACGUUGGCAACAAGGAUGCCGUCGAAGCCGGCCGUGCCGCGCGGCCCAUGCCCGGCAUGGGCAGUCGGCGCCGCACGUACGCUGACGGCGAGCUCGACGUGUUCACCGCCGAGCGGUACUUCAAGGGCGCAAUGGACGGUGAUGGCGGCGACCGCAAGGAGGCCAUCGUCCGCGCCGCGGUGGCGGCGGUGGUGCCGCCCGUGGAGACGGCCGCCGCGAGGCCGGCCGAGGCCGUGGUGAUGGCGCGGCCGUCGUCGACAAGCGCGUCGACGGCGAGCUUCACCGCGAGCUCGGCGUCCAGCGUCAACAGCCAGACCGCGCUCUUCCGUGGCGGCCACCGGCGGCGCGGCAGGAAGUGCUGCGUCCAGGUCGGCGUGCUCAUGCGCACGUGCUCCGGGAAGCGGUCGGUGCGCGUCGACGGCGACGCGGCCAAGGAAGCCCACGACGUCGGCGAGCCGCCGGCGGCGAGCAGGAUCGACUGGUACAGAGAGCUGAGGAUGCAGAAGGCCGCCCUUGGGCUCGUCCCUGGAGAUGGCGGCAACAACCAUGGCGUGGUGGCCGCCGGCCUCCCGCCAGGUUUGAACCUUGGCACGGCGAAAGUGGCAGCCAUCGGGAGGGAGAUGACACGGGAGGAGAAGGCGGCCGGGGUCACCUUUUCAAGUUCCAUGAGGAGAAGCGUCGCUCUCGUGGCUCCGGUGGUCAGAGCCAACGCGCUACCGGCGAGCGGCCGUGCCGGCAUAGGCGACGGUGACGGCGACUGCGACGAUGACGGCGCCGGGAGCGAGUCGAGCUCGGACCUGUUCGAGAUCAAGAGCCUGAUGAUCGAGGACUGCCGCUACGAGCCGAGCGAGGCGAGCAUCCAGUGGAGCGUGGUGACGGCGAGCGCCACGGACGCGUCGGAGCCGCGCGGCGACCGCGUCCCCGGCAGAUGGGUCGGCGGCAGGGGUCCUGUGGCCGGGAGGCAGCACCGGGACCACCGGCCGGUCGGACUGCUCGCGGGUUGCGCCAGCCACAGGGCCGUGGACGUGUCGGCGGCGACAAGGGCCGCGCCGAACACGGGGGCCACCGCGGCGGCGGUGCAGCGGCGCGGUGAUGGAUUUCAGAAGGCACGGAAUGCAGGAGCCUGACGAGAUCCUUUAAUUUGUUGCACUCUGCUUCUGUGUGGAUUCAUGCCAUAUUGCCAUUGUAACCAUCUUGGACGGUAUCUGGGAGAUUAAAAGGUCAAGAGAUUGAGAUUUCCUGAACCUUUGACUGUACUACCUCCAUCCCAAAUUACUAUUCGCUUUGAUUUUUCUA